GCGUGGUGUCGGGAAGGACCGCCCAGGCGGUGGCCGAGGUGGGAGAGAGGAAAAAGGCGAGGGUAGACGGAUACAGCGGAACGGGGACCGUAGAACAUUCCAUUCGGAAACGCGAGGACGGUACUUCCGCCCAAAUGGAACAGCUGACGCAGUUCGUGAGUAAAUCUUUCGAAGAAGGUGGUGCCACUUCCGCCGAGGGUUGGGGGGCCGGGUCCUCCAGGAGUUCCGUGUCGCCUCUCGUCGAUCCUGAGGAUUCCAGGUCGGAGCCGCCCUCCUCACCGGCCGUCCGGAAUACCCCGACCACUCCGCCUCCUCAAUCAUGCACACCCUCAGAUCGACAACGGAUUGACGAAAGCUUUGCAUCUCCAUCCUACGUUUCAAUGCAUAGCGGUCCCGCCUUCAGUUCCGACUUACAGUCCAUAAUGCAGCCGAGAUCUUCUCGGGGGUAUGUCACGCGACCGGCGCCUCCAAAAAACCAAUUCAAGCCAGGACUACCGUAUCACAAGGGGUAUUUGGAAACCGAGGCAAAACCAGGAAUGAGCAGGGAGGUCGAAGAGCCUCGACCGUUUUAUCAGAAUAAGGACAAAUUACUUGUACACGAGCCGAAAGACACGAAGUAUGCCAAGAAGGCGAACAAAACCGCACAGACCGACCAGCAGCCAGGGCCGUCUCGCGAACUGAGCCCGGUAGAAAUCAUAGUCCAACCGGUAGAUCAAACGGAUAAGGAGAAUGUAAAAGUUGCGAAAAAGUCUUACAAGGCCGUUUCGCAGCCUGGGCCUUCUCGUCCGAUGAGCCCGGUUGAAAUCACUAUCAGACCAAUAGAGAAGACGGAGAGCAAACGGGCCAAAAAGGCAAACUAUCGCCAUUCCAAGCGGAAAUCCUCCGAGCAGACGAAUUGGGCUGAAUUUCUGAAAAGUUUAGACCGUCUCAAGGAGGAAAAACAGCCGAACGUGAGUGGUAAAGUUGUGAAGCAAGAUUAUCAGAAACCGGGCACCUCGCAUCAGCCCGAUACUCCUCAUCUCGAGAGGAACACACAAGUCCAAAAUGAGUCUGAGCUGAAGCGCAAAAAGAAGAAAAAAAACGGAUAUACAAAUUACACGAGUCCAGUGGGAUCAAGCCAGCCUGUCGAAUUUGGCAGUUUUCCAGACAUUGACCUCAGCCAGGAUUUAGAUAUUAAACCGGAGAGCCUUUCCCCGUUAUUUAAAUUUAGUCGUGCCAGAUACGAGCAAGUUACUUUACGCGAACCUGAAGUUAGUACAUCAGCUUUAUUCGAAGAAAUGGAUUCCCUCGAUUACAAACCUGAGCCUUUACCUCCAGUCGGCAAGUUACAUGGCAGGAAGGCUGUAUCUCCGGAAGGACGAAACUUCGGAAAGGGUGGUUGCCAAUGUUUGCAAUGUUGCGCUUGUUGCCCAUCUUAUCAUCAACACCAUCCUUCUUACGACAAACAAAGUGUCGGCACCAAUAACUAUGCUGGUUAUGCCGUUCCACGGCCAUCGGUCGACAAGGCACGGCGAAGUAGAAAGAGGAGCCAUCCUCAGCGUUUCCUCCGUUACAAAUUGGAUUCGGAACUUAUGCCUCCUCCUCCAACGCUUCCGACGCCAACUGCGACAAGUUCGACCACCGACGAUCCAUCGACUUCCUGCGUCUAUGGAGAGCCUAGCUGCGUCAUUAAGCGUAUCAAUCAUCCCAUAAGCGAUUUCGCGGAUGCAAACUUCGCCCUGGACCUGAGUGUUCAAAGUCUUCGCACAAGUGCUAAGCAACGUGAAGAUGGUAACUAAAAGAGACCGACUGCUUUUUAACGUCGUCCUUUUAAUUGUUCACGGUUUUACACUUUUUAUAACAUUUUAUAUGCAACUUUUUUUAAAUAUUUCUACUCAUUUUUUUCUAUAAAUUCGAUUUUAUUAGAAGUAACUGUUUUCUAAGAAGGCCUUUUAAAAUUAAGAAAAACCUACAUACUACAUUUUUUUAAGUUAUAUUACAUCUUUUGACAACCCCUGUUUUAUUUUUAUUUUUAUCUUAUUGUACAUCGUUAAUUAAACAAAUUCUUGCUAUAACAAAUAUUUACAGUUGAACCAUUUUGUGUAAUACUGUAACUGUUUCUAGCUUUUUAAAUUGUACCUACUGAAUCACACUUUGUACUUAAUGUUUUAUAUUUUUUAACCACAACUUAAAGUUAAUGUAUGCAAGUUUUUAAUUUUGUAAAAUAUAUUGCGAAUGCCGAUGUUUGUCAAAAACAUGUUUAUUAUACACUGGUGAUCUCAAAUGACAUGUCAACAACAAUCCUGUUCAACGGUAUAUGUAAAAGCUUUGUCAGUUUAACAGCUUAAUGCUUUUGGAAAAAGAACCGAGCUUCAAUUGUCAAGAAAGUUAAGUUGAACAGGAAUGUUGAUAUAGAAAAUGAAAGAACAAAAUAGCUGACUUUCCAUAAAUUUUGUUUAAUGGCCGAUUUGUAUUUUGUUGUCUUACAGUUUUAUUCAAUAAUUAUUUUGUGUUUCUUGAAAUGUACUUAUUACAAUAAAAUGAAA